AAUGAAAAUUGAACUCCGAAAAACCUUUCAUCUGUAAAUAUUAAAUAAACAAUGAUUUGCCGGACGAUUUUUUCUAAACGCAAGGAUCUGUCAUUCGUCAAACGUCUGUUGAAUUUACACGUGGAUAAGCCAAAAAGGUUAAAAUGGAUUGAACCACAGGGUUUCAAAACUAAUAUUUAUGUCUACAACAGUAAAAUAAAAUGUAAAGUACCGUUGAUUUUGAAUAACAAAAACAUUAUCACUUGGUACAUGUGCGGGCCCACAGUAUAUGAUUCCGCUCACAUCGGACAUGCCAGUACUUAUGUCAGAUUCGAUAUUAUUCAGCGUAUACUAAAUAAUUACUUAGAUGCUGACAUAAUAUGUGUGAUUGGAGUAACAGACAUUGAUGAUAAAAUUAUUGCUCGUUCUCAACAAUCAAAGCAGAAUUGGAAAGAAUUAGCAAAUUUUUAUGAAGAGGAAUUUUUCUGUGAUAUGACAUCAUUAAAUGUUUCCAAGCCGUACCUACGCUGUAGAGUUACAGAAUAUAUUCCUGAAAUCGUUCAAUUUGUCAAUAACAUUUUAUCUAAAGAAUAUGCUUAUGUAACCAAGGAUGGCUCUGUACAUUUUGAUAGUGCAAAAUAUGCCGCUGCAAAUAAGUUACCAUUCAAAGAAUUAACUUCUCAUUCUGAUGUAAAAACUGCGUCAGAUUUUGUUUUAUGGAAAGCACGGAAAGAAGGCGAACCGUCUUGGAAAUCUCCAUGGGGUUACGGCAGACCAGGAUGGCACAUAGAGUGUAGUACUAUAGCUAGUACUGUUUUAGGAAGUACCAUAGAUCUUCAUAGUGGUGGAAUAGACUUGGCUUUUCCACAUCAUGAAAAUGAGGAGAUUCAAUCGUGCAGCUACCAUAACGUGGACCAGUGGGUAAAUUACUGGUUGCAUACUGGACACUUACGUUUAAAAGAAGACGUAAAAAUGUCUAAGAGUUUACAUAAUACCAUUAGUAUACAAGAAUUCUUGACUCAAUAUUCUGCUGAUCAAUUCCGAUUAUGUUGUUUAAUGUCGCACUACAGGAAAGGAAUUGAAUAUUCACAUGAAUCUAUGGAACUGGUUAUUUCAACACUCAAGAAGAUGGAAUCAUUUAUAGAUGAUUGCAAGAAUUAUGUUAGUGGUAAACUAAAUACUGGAAACAUAGAUGAACCUUCAUUAUUGUUGUGUUUAAGUAAUGCCAGAGAAAACAUUGAUGCUGCGCUAGUUGAUGACUUUGAUACUCCAAAAGCAAUACAAGAAAUUUUAAAUCUAAUUAAAGUUGGAAACAAAAUGAUCCAUCAAUCUCAGAAUACUGUAAGUUCAAGAAAUCCUGUAUCCGUUGCUGCAGUUUCUAAUUAUGUAACAUCAACUCUAUGCAAGUUUGGAUUGCAUACUUCCAAACGUGAAGUGACAGAUAAUCAAAAAAUGUUACAUUUAGUUGAUGACAUUGUGCACUUUAGAAAUUCUCUACGACAAAAAGCUCUGGAAGCAGAUGUCAAAGACAAAUAUUUAUUGAAUUCCUGUGAUGAGAUUCGAUCCAUAUUAGCCAUUCGUGGAAUUGAGAUAAAAGAUCAUAAACAGUCAUCAACAUGGUCUAUGAAGGAGUAAGUGGCUGUAGGUGAUUUAUAAAUAUAAUAUUUCAGUAAAUAAUAUAUAAUACUUUUAUUUCACAUAUGAUUUAAUUAUACA